AUGGGCAAUGAGGCCAGCCUAGAGGGCGGGGGAGCCGAGGGGCAGCUGCCCCCCGGCCUAGCCGCGGGUCCCUCCACGUCGCCUGGAUCCGCCAAGCCACCUUCAGCACCAAGCAGUGGAGGACAGCUCCCACCGGGCAGGGCGCCUGCCGCUGCACCGGGCCCCACGCAGCCGCCCGGACCCUCCGCCAGCACACCAAGAAGACCAGAACAAUCGGACCACUCUUUUGGACAGAGGGCAACUUCCCCAUCCCUGACAAGAACUGCUCCAGGCAGUGAAAGCCCAAGAGAGAAAGGGAGCCAUGGGCAGGCUCCCCAACACUUGGAUGGGCCAAGGAGGACUCUCCAAGUGGGUGGACGUUCACCAUCUGUGUCACCGGAGCGAGGCAGCACGCCUACCUCACCUUAUUCGGUCCCACAAAUCGCCCCCCUUCCCAGUAGCACUCUCUGUCCUAUAUGCAAGACGACAGAUCUCACCUCCUCUCCUAACCAGCCAAACUUCAAUACCUGUACACAGUGUCACAACAAGGUGUGCAACCAGUGUGGAUUCAACCCCAACCCUCAUCUGACCGAGGUUAAGGAAUGGCUAUGUUUAAAUUGCCAGAUGCAGAGAGCUUUGGGGAUGGACAUGACCACAGCACCCCGCUCCAAAAGUCAGCAGCAGUUACAUUCUCCUUCCCUUUCGCCUUCCCAUUCCCCUGCCAAACAGUCACAUCCACAGCCCCCAGUGGCGACUGGACCAGAGAAACAACCCGGAACUAUGCAGCCAGGGCCCAGGCCAAGCGCUGCUACCAUGCAACCCCAAUCCCCCAAGCAUCCCCCAGUUUCACCACAGAGAGAACCCCCCAGCCAAGUCCAGCCAAAACCUGCUGCUCCUCAGGAAGUGAUGAAGUCUUCCCCUCAGCAUCAACAAGCAAAGCCUUCAUCCACUGAUCAGAGAAAGACUGUAGGAGACUCCCCAGCUAAGACUCCGGUCCUUCUGCCUAGUGCUGGGGCUCAAGAACAAGCCCAAGAGGGCCUCACUGGAAAGCUUUUUGGAUUUGGGGCUUCCCUCCUGACCCAGGCAAGCACACUCAUGUCUGUCCAGCCAGAGGCCACUCCACCAAGUCAACAGUCUCCUGGCAAAGUGCCUCCAAAAAUUGUCUUCAGUGAUGCCAGCAAAGAAGCUGGUCCUAAAGCCCCAAGCACUGGAAUGCAGGGUAAGGCUGGGACUGUCCCAGCUGCAAAGCGAGCAAAAGCAGAACAAGUAACCAAGCCAAAGGAAGUGCCGAAAGUCAGGGUCUUGUGCCCCCUCUGCAAAGCGGAGAUCAACGUGGGCUCUGGAGAGCCCUCCAACUAUAAUACCUGCACAUCCUGUAAGCAGCAGGUCUGCAACAUGUGUGGAUUCAACCCAACACCUCACCUGGUGGAGAAAAACGAAUGGCUGUGUUUGAACUGCCAAACUCAGAGGCUGCUAGAAGGAAGCCUAGGAGAUCCUGCUCCAGUGCCACUGCCCACUUCAAAGCAACAGCCAGCUGGAUCCCCCCGGCACCAAGCUGGAGGUCAGCAACAGAGAGGAGCCCAGCACCCCGAAACAUCAGCUGCUAAAGACAGGCAUCUUGCACAUCUCAGGACUUCAGAACAAAGCAAAUUACCAAUUGCCACAGUCCAAAAAAAAAUGCCUGCUGCUCCGUCUGAAGAAAAGCCACCGCCCAAAUUAGCUGAAGUGUCUCCAAAACCUUCUGAAAGUCCAUUGUCAAAACGGAAAAUUACAGCUUCAAAACCAGAAAGAGAUAUCAAAGACAGCACGAAAGAGAUAUCUGAAUCUCAAAAAACAAGAGAACAAGAGGAAUCGAGCAAGCCUUAUCCCUCAGACCUGUCCCGCAGUCCCCAAAGCUUGAGUGACACUGGCUAUUCAUCUGAUGGGAUCUCUAGUUCCCAGAGUGAAAUUACAGGCUUAGUGCAGCAAGAAGGAGAGCAGCUUAAUGAAACAGGAAUUGUAGAGCCAAGUCCUCCCAGUUCUUCUGAACUUACUAAGCUGGAAACCAGCAUGCGUCCUCUACUGGAGUCAAAGAGCUUGACCCAUCCACCAACUGACCGUGGGAAAACGUACCAUGAAUUACGGGAGGAGCAGAGGCAAAGACAGAGGCCACGGUCACUUUCUAUCACUCCAGAAGCCUUUGAUUCUGACGAGGAGCUAGAAGACAUAAUGGAAGAAGAUGAAGACUCUGUGGAAUGGGAGAAUCAGAGGGAGAAGAAGGGAAGUGUGGCGUCUUCGGAUGGUUUUGGCAGCAAGCUAAACCAUGACUAUGUGGCAGUCAGUAAUGAAGUAGGAUUCUCCCCAUUACCAACUAGGCAGAAAGGCAAAGAGCCUGUAAUGACAGAUGAAGAAUUCAUGAGGAGGCAAAUCUUGGAGAUGAGUGCAGAAGAAGAUAAUCUUGAGGAGGGAGAAGAAUAUGAUCAUGCAAAAUACAGCGUUGCAAAAACUGGACACAAGCCUGAUUCUGAGAAAAGCAGAGAGGCUCUUGCAUCCAAAAGGCGCCUGCCUCACAGUUCAAGCAACAUAUAUGAGGAGGAACAAAAAGAACUGGAAAGCACUGAGAAUGAUGACAUGGCUGCAUCUCAGGGAGGUCUGCGUCGUUUCAAGACCAUUGAGUUAAAUAGCACUAACAACUAUGGCAGAGACAUGGAGCUGAGCCAGGAGGCAGACAUCAGCCUGGACAGAGAACCUGAACUGGAGAUGGAGAGCCUCACAGGCUCCCCAGAAGAUAAAUCGAGAGGUGAAUAUUCCUCCACCUUACCAGCAACCACACCCAGUUAUACAUCAGGAACUUCCCCAACCUCUGUCUCUUCUCUAGAGGAAGACAGUGACAGCAGCCCGAGCCGCAGACAGAGAUUAGAAGAAGUUAAACAGCAGAGGAAAGCCCGGCAUCGCUCUCAUGGCCCUCUACUGCCAACCAUUGAAGAUUCUUCAGAAGAAGAGGAGCUGCGUGAGGAAGAGGAACUCUUGCGAGAACAAGAAAAAAUGCGAGAGGUGGAACAGCAGCGGAUCCGAAGCACAGCGCGCAAAACGAAGAGAGAUAAAGAAGAACUGAGGGCCCAGAGGAGGAGAGAGCGGUCUAAAACUCCACCCAGUAAUUUGUCACCUAUUGAAGAUGCUUCACCCACUGAGGAACUGCGCCAGGCUGCAGAGAUGGAGGAGCUGCACAGGUCCUCCUGUUCAGAAUAUUCACCCUCUGUUGACUCAGAGGUGGAAGGAUUUGAUGUCAUUGCCUCCAAACUGUACAAAUCUGGCAGUGAGUACAACCUUCCAACCUUUAUGUCCCUUUAUUCUCCAACAGAAAAAAUGGCUAGCUCUAGUUACCCAUCCAGCAAGCCCCUGAAAAGUGCAGAAGAAGCCUAUGAAGAGAUGAUGAGGAAGGCAGAAAUGUUCCAAAAGCAACAACCUUUCCAACAAGGCAUUUCCUACAACAACACCUUUCAAGAAGUAAGCUAUCGUAGUCCGGAAGGCCAGAACAAUUUUGAAUACCAAUACAUAGAUGACUAUAGUUAUGAUGGUCGGAAUGUGGAUUCCUCGCAAACUGACUAUCAGAAUGAGCUUUCCAAAUCUGGGGCACUUUAUGAAGAAAUCCUUCAAACGUCACAGAACAUCUCCAGGAUGCAUCAGUCUUCUUCUCUGGAUUUGACACUUGAACAAGAAAUAAAGAAGAAAGGGAGAGAAGACCCCUAUCCAGAGAAGCAGUUUUUGAAUGCAGAGAGUGCAUAUGAAAGUGGCCCACUCACUCCAGGAACAAGUCCUACCCAGUUGUCUGCUCCCGUCUCCUUUUCACUGACUGAAAGCAGUGCAGGCAGAAUAAUCCCCGAUGUUAGAGUCACUCAGCACUUUGAAAAAGAGAGUAAUGAGCAAACUAAGUUUCACAGUUCCUCAGCCACAGCUAGCUCAGUUCCAAAGAGUGUAGCAAUGCCUUAUUCAUAUACGAAAGGAUCCAGCACAGUCACUACCAUUGUUUCUAGUCCAGCUAGUGCACCCCGAAUCUACAGCUCUCCAACUUCAAUUGGCUCUGAGGCACCACCUGUGUCCACCACAAGCCAAAGUCAGACAAAAGUAACUGCAAGUUAUGGCUCUCAAACAGAAAACAUUUCCAGGGUCAGUGGGCCAUCAGUAAGAGACAAAUACCAAGGUGUGACUGAUAGCAAGACAAAUGUGCCCAUGUCAACCCCCAAAAUGUAUUCUUUUUUCAAAAGUUCCAGCCCGCCCCUUUCCCCUUCUUCUCCUACUCAAAGUCCUACUUACUCUGUAAGAACCGGGAUGCCCUCUAGUUCAGGAGUGGGAGCUAAAUCAACAGCUGAGUUUUCUACCCAAACACAUAGCACAAUUAUUUCAUAUGACAUGGCAACUACUGGGGUAUCAACAGCUUCUCCAAUGAUAGCUCAAGGGACACAAACUCCUCACAGAGCCAGCUCCCCCCGCCUUGCUAGGCAACAGUCAUCACAAGAAGCCCCCUUCAUGGUCAUCACAUUAGCGUCUGAUGCGGCUAUUCAAACAAAGCCAAUCGGUGUAAGCUCCUCCAUUUCACCACCUUCAUCUCCAACUCAGCAAGGCCGCCAGCAAACAGUGCAUAGCUACAGCCAAACCGCACAGCCAAUGCUUGAAAAAGCCCCUCCUUAUUCUCCAGCGCAGAAAGUGCAGGCCGCUGCUACUGACGCCAUUCCUGGUGUGUACAGCUGGGGCACAUUACCUGCAGAGAAUAUUUCUUUGUGUAGGAUAUCAUCCGUCCCAGGGACAUCUAGAGUAGAACCUGGACCUAGGCCAUCCGGUAGUAAUAUUGUAGAUUUGAGGACAGCAAUGAAAUCAGCUCCAAUUAUUGUAACAGACCAGGGAAUGGAUCUUACAUCCGUAGCUGCUGAGAGCAGAAAAUAUUGCCUCACCAUGGACCAGUCACCAAGUCGGCAGUCCACAGCCAUCCAACCUUUAAUCAUUAACCUUAAUGCCCAGGAACAGCCACAUGCUUUCAUAAGCAGUGCCACCACAGUCAGCAUAACAGUUGCAUCUACCGUGCUUAUGUCUCAGUCAAAGCAGCCAGUAGUCUAUGGGGACCCUUUCCAAAACAGAAUCGACUUUGGUCAAGAAACAGGAAGUCCGGUCUGCCUGACGCAAAUUAAACAGGUGGAACAAGCAGUUCAGACUGGCCCCUUCAGAGGAACCACGAGUGGAGUUGGCACAUCUGCUUCUAUGGGCCGGCCAGAAGCAGCAGGUCAGCAGCAAGCAAAAUUUGCAAGAUACAAUUUACCCAACCAGAUGACCUCCUUGAUAAAGAAAGAUACUCUGAUUACUCAGACUAGCAAUGCCCAAAAUAUUGUGAGUGCCAUUCCCAGGCAGUUUCCUCAGGAUCAAAGCUCGGAGAUAUAUAGAGGGAUCCCAGUGGAACUGAAGACUCAGACUCCUUCAGUCGCUCUUGGAAGUAAGAAGUCCCAAGUGAUGAUGGUGCAGAUGGAUGACAUAGCAGCAGGGCCUGUCACAAAACUCAUCAAAGAAGAACCUCCUUCUAGCGCACUGGACCUCACGGGGAUGAAGCCUGAGAGUCAAGUAGCGUGCUGUGAUGUAGUGUAUAGAUUUCCAUUUGGAAGCAGCUGCACUGGGGCUUUUAAUCAGUCUCCUAAGGUGCCAGAGAAACAUGUUGGGGAAGCAGCUCCCAUUGGCAAAGCCAGUGGUCAAUAUUAUGGAGCCAGAGAACAGGAAAUACCAGACACAUACCCUUACCGAGAGCAAUCAGCACCAGCACCUCAUCCGUAUGAGGAGCACAGAUUCCAUCCCCAUGGCUUGUUUGGGAGAUUAUAUUCAUCCAUGUCAGAUACAAAUCUUUCAGAAAUGGGUUUAAACUAUUACUCAGUUAAAGGAGAGCAGCACUUUCAUUCCCCUGCUGGAGAUUCUGCUGUGGAUUUGACGACUAUGAAGCAUUCCUAUAGCCACAGUUUUACCGAGGGAGGUAACAUAGGGCACGGAAUGCAAUAUGGCUCUUUCUCUGACCUCCGGCAACCCACUGAAGUACUAAGUCAUCCAUAUCCCAUGCGAAGGUACAGCUCGGCCUCCAAUAUCUACUCUGAUUACAGAUAUUCAUCGAGAGGGGACUUGGCCAAUUUCCAGGAAGCCAGCCUGGCCCAUUACAGUGCUACAACUGCUCGUGAAAUCAGCCGGAUGUGUGCAGCCCUCAACUCCAUGGACCAAUAUGGGGGCAGACAUACAAACAGCCCAGAUCUUCUUCAGUAUGGACACAGUGCUCUUGGCGCUGCACCUGGAGGGACUGGAAGCAUUAUGGCUCAACAGGGUGCCAUGAAACCAAACAUGAUGUACAAUCCAAAUUUCCCAGAGUCUCGUUCUGGCUUUGGAAACUUAGCCCAAUAUAAUCUCUCAAGGCUUGGAGCUGUCAGGCAAGUACUCCCUUCCACAGCCACUGUACGAGCUGCCGAUGGCAUGAUCUAUUCAACCAUUAAUACACCAAUAGCAUCAACCCUUCCCAUCACCACCCAGCCGGUUUCUGUGCUGCGGCCCAUGCUUCGAGGCCUAUACAGGCACUAUGCCCCAGGUGGCAUCACAGCUGUCCCUCUGGCCAGUCUGGCCAGGGUACCCUUGGUUACUCCCAGGAUCCCCCUGGCCUCCCAAGGGCUUUAUCGCUAUCCUGUGCCCAGCAGGCUUCCAGCAGUUCCUACCGCACCUGUAAUGGAAACACCAAUGUAUUUAGGAAAGCCGCUUAGCACCACGGCAGCCAGCACUGUAAGCAUGGCCCCUGCGACUAAGGCCCCUGCUCCAAGCACUGUCAGCUUGCAAAGACCUGAGCAGACAGGAGUUGGCAUGCGAGAGGAGCUGCCUAUGCCAACUUCAGAGGUUCAGGGUACUGCCAGGGACACCGGCCAGGCCCCGCAGGAGCCGCCUCCCCGAAUGCCGGCCCAAAAGCAUCAGGCAGAGGCCCCGCAGCCCAGCGCUGCUGGCAAAGGAGCCACUGAAAGAGAAGAAAAGGACAAGGAGGAAGAGCGGCAGAGGAAGCAGCAGGAGCACAUCCUCCAGAUUGAAAGGGAAAGGGUAGAACUGGAGAAACUGAGGCAGAUGAGACUUCAUGAGGAGCUGGAAAGGGAGCGGGUGGAAUUACAGAGACACAGAGAGAAGGAGCAGCUCCUGAUGCACAGGGAGAUCCAGGAGCUGCAGUCCAUCAAGCACCAGGUCCUCCAGCAGCAGCAAGAGGAGCGGCAGGCCCAGUUCGCCCUGCAGCGGGAGCAGCUUGCCCAACAGCGCUUGCAGUUAGAACAGAUCCAGCAGCUGCAGCAGCAGCUGCAGCAGCAGCUGGAAGAGCAGAAGAGGCAAAAGAGCAGCUUUCCUCCGGCGUGCGACCCGGCCGGCAGGAUUCCUCCUCAGGCUACCUCUGAGAUCGCUAUAGAAAUGCAAAGGACCCUGGCCCAAAAUGGACAGUACUGGCCACCCCUAAACCAAGCCUUUAUUGCUACGGCAGCCCCGGGGCAAGAAGGUCAAGCGCCGCCCCGCUAUCCAGGCCUCCAGAGGCCUCUCACCAACUCGGCCUCCGAAAUGUCCCUGCAGACGGAAGACCUGUGGGAAGCCGGUCGGGGGAUAAAGAAACGGAACUCUAUGCCUCGCCUCCGGGACGCGUAUGACAAGGAGCCCGGCCACGAGCCCUACGUGGUGAGGAAGAUCACAGACAGCAGCGUGCAGACAGACGAGGAAGACGGCGAGGAGCGCUUCUACGCCUCCCGCCGGCGCCGUCCUCGGCGCAGCACCGACUGCAGCGUCCAGACAGACGAGGAGGACAACGCGGAGUGGGAGCAGCCGGUGCGGCGCCGACGCUCCCGCUUCUCCCGCCACUCCGAUUCCAGUGCCGAGAGCAAGGCGGACUCUUCCGCAAAAGGCGUGGCCAGCAUCGCGAUCCAAACGAUCAGCGACCGUUCUGUGCAGACGGAGCCCGACCAGUUGCUCAGGGUUUCCCCUUCCAUCCAGAUCACUUCCCCCGAUCCCAAGGUGGAGAUCGUCAAGUACAUUUCCGCCCCAGAGAAGACUCAGAGAGGAGAGAGUUUGGCUUGCCAGACAGAACCAGAAGUGCAGCCCCCGCCAGGGAUUGCGGUCCCUCAACUCACGGUGCCCACCACAAUCGCUCCUUACUCCUCCAACAUCCAGGUGGUUAGCGCCGGUCCCCUGGAUCCCCACUCGGUCCGACAGCAAGCUCUAGCAAAGAAGAAGCCUAUUCCUCUUGAAAUCGGCUACCAGUCCCACUUACCUACAGACUCCUUGUCUCAGCUUGUGUCCCGGCAGCCCCCCAAGUCACCCCAGGUCCUGUAUUCCCCCGUGUCUCCCCUCUCCCCUCACAGAUUGCUAGAGUCGUCCUUCACAUCCAGCGAGAGGCUCAACAAGGCCCACGUGACGCCCCAGAAGCACUCCAUGGCAGAGUCCACCCAACGCCAGCAGUCCCUGCCUCGCCCCAUCAAAAGCAUCCAAAGGUCUUUAUCUGAUCCCAAGCCCAUCAGCCCCACAUCAGAGGAGUCUGCAAAGGACAGGUUUUCCUUGUAUCAGCACACGCUCCUCCCCGCUAGCCAGAUUUCAACCUUGCAGUCCAACACACUCACUCGGAAAGUGAAGCGGACCCUGCCUAGCCCCCCACCAGAAGAAGCUCAGCUUCCUCUGAGCAGCCAAGCUCACUCACAGAUGUACAUGCCUGGCCUCAUGCCGAAGGGGGUUGGUGGCCAGCCCAUCCAAGUGACCAAAGCCAGCCUCCUCAGAGAGCUUGACCGGGACUUAAGGCUGGUGGAGCACGAAUCCACUAAACUGAGGAAGAAACAAGCAGAGCUGGAUGAAGAAGAGAAAGAGAUCGACGCCAAGCUGAAGUACCUGGAACUGGGGAUCAAUCAGAGAAAGGAAUCUUUGCUGAAGGAUCGGAAUGUUCGUGAUUAUCCAUAUUUGAGAUGCCUGGGAGAGAAUCGAGAUUAUAUGUCCGACAGCGAACUAAAUAACCUUCGCCUCUCUGGUUAUGAGAGUGGCAGUCUCCUGACAAGGCCCAGCACCACCCCUUCUAACCAGUAUGCGGAAUUUUCCAGCACCCAGUAUACGUCAACAACUUCCUACACCCCAUACCAGUACUCCUCAGUCCAGACCGCUGCACCAGGCCCAGCUACAUUCCAGCAAACAAGAUUUCAGUCUCCAUACUACCCUCCAACAAGCAGCGGUCCCACUCAGAAUGAUUUCCAGCCAAGCCAGUUGCCUGCUUAUCCUUCCCAAACGACAUACCAGGCACAUAGCUUCACCCCAAGCACUGGCUAUCAGUCUGAACUGGGCCUGCAGAGCCAUCAAGGCUUCUGCCCACCUUACCAAGCUCAGACCGCUUAUCCCAGCCAGACGCCCUUGCAGCCUGCCCAGAGUGCUCUUCUUCAGACUCAUGCAGACACCCACACGACCUCCCAAAAGCCACGGCAGACCUCGCUGGCUGACUUAGAGCAGAAGAUCCUGACCAAUUAUGAAGUCAUUAGCAAUCCCACUGUGGUGAUCUCUGCUGCAACUCCAGAAGUGACCUACAGCACCGCAACAGUGACCAGCAGCUACGAUCAACACAAGGCCCCAGAAGGGAGGCCAGCAGACAGGAGCAGCACUGCACAAAGUCCCUCUACCAGCUAUUCCUCCGACUCUUUAUACACCAAUCUAGAGCAAAACAUUCCUCGGAACUAUGUGAUGAUUGAUGAUAUCAGUGAAUUAACCAAAGAGAGCAGCACAGGAGAGGGUCAGAAAGGGGAUUUGCCAUUACACAGCAGCAAUGGACUGCCUAUCAAAGAAAAGAGGGAGGUAGCAGAUGUAGAUGUCUCUAGCAGGCCUUGCUGCUAUUCAAAAGGAGAAGAGGAGUCUGAAGAGGAUAUUUAUGAUCAUCAUGGUCCUGACCAUCGGGGGAAAAGUUAUCCUAAAAGCACAGAGAGCAAUGGGAGAGUAUCAGGUAGUUCUGGCUCUUAUUACUAUGGAGACAGUGAUUAUAGGCCAUCCUCUCGACCAGACAAGCAUGGAACAAGUAUGGGAGUACAGAAACACUCUUCAAAAAAUCUGGCCCCCGCUGUCAUCUCUUCCAAACGCAGUAAGCACAGGAAACAAGGCAUGGAGCAGAAGAUCUCCAAAUUCUCCCCUAUAGAAGAAGCCAAAGAUGUAGAAUCAGAUCUGGCCUCCUACACAACGACUACAUCAGUCAGUAGCAGCAGUAUAGCAUCUAGAGCAAAGAAAAUGCAAGAUGAUAUCACUUAUGGCCUAAAGAAAAAUGUAUAUGAACAGCAGAAAUACUACGGUGUAUCCAGCAGAGAUGGAAUGGAAGAAGAUGACAGAGCAUAUAGUGGCGGGCGAUCAAGGUCCUCUGGAUAUGUAUCAGACAAACUGUCAAGUCGUGAAGUUAGAAGCAGGUCUUAUGAAAGAGAGAGCAUGGAGAGGCCUCAGAAAGGAAGCUCAAAGCCUUCCUCCCUUAGUAUGAGUCAGAGUCGCGGGCGACCUCCAAUUCGCACACAAACUUCCGAAGAAGAAAGUCCUAUCAGUCCUUUGGGGAAAACCAUGGGUGUAUCACGGUCCUCAGGUGGACCUCUUCCUCAAUCUGCUGGAGACAGUUGCUCCCAGUUUUGCUCUAGUCACUCAUUGCCUGAUGUACAAGAACAUAUUAAAGAUGUGCCAAGAACCCACUCUUACAAACAUGAAGAAGGCUACAUCGUGGAUGAUUCACACUGUGUUGUUUCAGACAGUGAAGCCUACCACUUGGGCCAGGAGGAGACGGACUGGUUUGAUAAACCAAGAGAACCUCGUUCAGAGAGGAUGAGGCAUUAUGGUGGCCAUUCCUCAUCCUCUCAGAAGAGAGGUCCAAUUAAACACACCUAUCAUGAUUACGAUGAGCCCCCAGAUGAAGACUUGUGGCAUCAUGAUGACUAUUCCCACCCACGUCACUCUUCUUCCAAAGAUCACAAGCACCAUGGAGAUUAUGGGCGACAUUCAUCCUCCUCCCGCCACUCCAGCGAUGAUCUGCCCAAGAGAUCAUCCAGACAACACCCAAGAGAUCCAGGCCGCCAUGAAUCACGUGGACAUGGACAGCCCACUUCCCAGAAGAAGGCUCAGCAAUCAGAUACAAGAACACAGCAAGGUUAUCCUUCCAGCUCCUCAGAGUAUCCCCAGCAGUCCCGACAGCCAUCUGGCUAUCAUCAUACCUCAGAGUCCCAAAAAUCCCAGAGGCAACAUGGGCUGCCAUCUCAGCAGCCAAAAUCUGAGCCUCACCAACAGCAGCAGCAGCAGCAGCAGCAGCAGCAACCACCAAGCAGACAACCUCAGCAACAGCAUCAAGCAGGCCCUUCUCAUCAGCAACCCCAGCAGGUUAGGAUACAGCAGCAACAACCACAGCAGCAGCCACAGCCACCACUGGGGACCCAAGCCCAACCUUCCUUGCGGCCAGCCCAACAACAGCCUGCUCAGCCUCAGCCUCAGCCAACAGGCAAACCACAGCCGACUGCCCAAGCACAACCUAGCACUCACCAAGCAGGACCAGCUAAAGCGGAACAGCCGGAUGUAUCCAAGCCUACCACAAAAGUGCCACAGGUGGGGAAAGCACCCCAGACACAGCCCCAGGGGACAGCCGGAGGCAUUAAGUUGGGUCCUAAAGCAACAGGAGCAUCCUUAUCGACAGGAGCAGCAGCUGGACAGCCAGGAGCAGAGGGUGAAAGUGUCUUAUCCAAAAUCCUGCCAGGAGGGGCAGCAGAACAAGCAGGCAAAUUGACAGAAGCCGUAUCAGCUUUUGGCAAGAAAUUCACAUCGUUUUGGUGA